AUGAAUUUUGAAACAGUGACAAUUCCUUGUCCUUUCAAGAGACUUGUCGAAGAAAAAACAGUAGAGGACUUAUGCACCGUCAGCGAACGUUGGUUUAUGUCUGAUUUGACAGUUGAUACAAAAACGAAAGAACUUUUGCAAGAAACUAAAGAGGAUUUAUGCGAUCUGAUGUACAAAAUGCUUCCUAUGGAGGAUAACAAUACACGCGUUUCAAGCUCUAAGACACCUUUUUCAGCAUGGCAGGUUUGCUUAUCGGCCACGCAACACGAAGACCGAUAUCAACUUGAUAAGCUCACUCCGUUUCAAAGCUUGGCCCUGGAUGUUCAAGGAACAAAUAAAGCUGCAGCUUUCCGGAAAUGUCCACAGGUUUUCAUGUCACCUCGCUGUUCUUUAAAGAAGAACGAGGAUCUAGUUGAAGAGAACAACUGCAUUGAGCGGGACAGUAAUGUUAAAAAUACACGAGCGAAAAGUGACUCGCUGGAUUGGACCAAAAACACGGAUGGCGGAGUUUGCGGAAGAUUUUAUAGAAAUAAUCGUUCAGCCUCGUCUUCUGCCCACACUGAGUUUCAAUUUCGCCAUUCCUGUCACACCAGGUUCUACAUGAAGAGUUAUCGAGAACAGAUUACCGACGAAAGUAUCGAGAAGUACAUUCAGACACAGCUGAAGGAAAUGAAUAUUCCUGCAUUAAACAAACAACUGAAGAAAAUCAAUGAAGCAAGUUGUAUAACCAUUCCGAAACUCUCCUCCACUUACUACAGAUUUAGCACAAAGGAAAAGGGUGCCUACGAGAACAACAUAUUGAAAGUUGAGCCUUGUUCGACAAGGCCACAACAAAGUACGUCUGAAAAAGUAACUCCAAAUUGCAAUACUUCGACCCUACACCGAGGUAAACUUCAAGCGAAAUCAAACGCAAACAUUGAGUUGACUGCUGAAAGGAAAUUUAUUGAGGGUAAAAGCACCUUAGAAUUUAAGCAGAUUGCCCCGGUGCGUGAAAAAGAUGUCACUUCAGAGCCGAUUAAUAUGGAGAAUGUGAAAGAUGCAAACAAAACAGAGUGUACAAGAGGAAAAUUGAAGAAAGUUCAACUCCAAGUUCGCAGUUCGACAAAUUCGCCUCGGCUUGUACCUAAAGGUCGUGCCAUCAGUCAGAGAUCAAGGGUAAGACUUAACACAAAAACUUUGUUUUCGGUCAUAUGCUACCCCCUCACAAUUGCCUCUCAAUAAAUUGGUGUUUAAUAUCUUACUUUUCAGACGAGAAUUAAAAGUGUUUGGAACAAGCAUUUACAGCAGUGGAACCGAGAUAGCACUGAUAUAUCUGUAAGUAUUACGGUCUUUCAGUAGAAGUAAGUCGUGUGACAAAUGCCCCAUUCACACCAAAGCUUAAACAUGUUUAAAAGUUGUUUUGUUAAACACAGUUUAAUUUUUUUUUUCUUCAUAGAAACUAUUUAACCAAAUAUUUUUUGACUUGAAUGUAGCACAUUGGAAAUGCAAGUUAGCAAGUACUUGAAUCCUAUGGAAAAUCAAGUUUUUCAUAAUUUUCAUUCAAUAAAAACCAGUUUAACAAAACAUGUUUUGCUGGUGUGAAUGGGGUAAAAGAUACGUGAACGAGGGUUGAUUUCAAAUAGGAAAUAAUGUGAGGGGAUACCAAACGCGAUGAAAAUUUAUCUCUGGAAUUUUUUGGUGCAUAAACUUUUACCAAUGCAAGGAAACAAUGUGGCUAUGUGACACAAAUUUGAAAAAGAUUUUCCAGGACUAGUGAUAACAUGUAACACUUAAUUUAUUUCUUCGAUGCAAAAAUUUUAAAACUACUUUCAGAUUUAUUUUUUCUACUUAUCUUGUAUCCACCACUGUCAGCUGACACAAAGGAUAAUAAAAAUUCAAAUCUUUGAAGAAAUUUUACUGAAAGUUGACAGAAAUUUAUUGAAUGAUAUACGACACAAAAGAUUGAGACAGAGAUAGUUUUGGAAAAUUCCAAACGAGCUGAAAACAAACAAACCAAACAGGAACCAAACCAUGUACAGACAUUUUUGCAAUGGUUAAUUUUUUCACUUCCAACAACCCUAACAUCUUAUCUAAGUUUUUCAUAGGAUGUCAGUUGAAAAAUGUAAUCCAAAUUCAAGUUCUUUUCUCCUCAAAUUUAUCUUAAGUAUGAGAGUAAAGACACAAGAACACCAACAUUUGGAGAGAAGGAAUUUCUCAGAAUUAUAACACCUAAACCCCUCAUUCAAAGCCAAGCAGUACGCAACAUGCUCCUUGACUGUUGCAAGUCCCCAAGUUUUUCUCCAGACAAGAGCAUGGAGGUUAGUCCCACAAGAAGCCUAACAUCUUCGGCAUCUGGCUCAAGCAUUCCUAGCCAAGUUUUUGCUGAUAUAUUAAUGAAGAGAGAGCCGCAGGUAGUCUUUCCCAAGAAUAGCAACUUCCAGGCUUGUAUAACCCCAUCUAACUACUCAACAAGUAGUGCAGCUUCUCACAUUAGACACAGAAGUACAGGAACACCCAAAGAUACUGAGAAAGAUACAAUUGAAGAAAAUAAUUAUGAUACACAACGCAGCUCAAGCAUAUCUUCCAAGUCUUCGUUUCCAAAAAUUGGUCCCUUUAUUUCCGGUUAA